AUGCGUCUGGGGGCCCUCAGGCCCCGGGUGAAAACUUUCGGCCCGUUUGCAGACGGCGCCCAGGACAACCUGACCAUGUACAUGGACCUGGUGGAUGGCAUCUUCCUGAACCAAAUCAUGUUGCAGAUAGACCCCCGACCGACAAACGCACACAUCAACAAACACGUGAGCAGUGACGCGAGCCUCCGCGUGCAGAACCUCACCGUCCUGGUGCGCAGCGUCAAGGCCUACUACCAGGAAGUUCUCCAGCAGCUGAUUGUAAUGAAUUUGCCCAACGUUUUGAUGAUUGGCAGAGACCCGCUGUCUGGGAAGAGCAUGGAGGAAGUCAAGAAGCUCCUGCUGCUGGUGCUGGGGUGUGCUGUGCAGUGUGAGAGGAAAGAGGAGUUUAUCGAAAGAAUCAAACAGCUGGACAUUGAGACGCAGGCUGGGAUUGUGGCCCACAUCCAGGAGGUAACCCACAAUCAGGAGAAUGUGUUCGACCUGCAGUGGCUGGAGCUGCCCGACGUGGCCCCAGAGGAGCUAGAGGCUCUGUCCAGGAGCCUGGCGCAGCACCUGCGGAGGCUGGUGGACCAGCGGGAUGCGUGCACUGAGCUGAUCGUGGACCUGACCCAGGAGCGCGACUACCUGCAGGCGCAGCACCCACCCAGCCCCAUGCGGUCCUCGAGUGCCGACUCCACGCCCAGCCCCAGCAGCAGCCUCUCGAGCGAAGACAAGCAGCACCUGGCUGUGGAACUGGCCGACACGAAGGCCCGACUGCGGCGCACCCGGCAGGAGCUGGAGGAGAAGACGGAGCAGCUGGUGGACACCAGGCACGAAGUGGACCAGCUGGCGCUGGAGCUGCAGAAGGCCAAGCAGGAGAACACCCAGCUAGCAGCUGAUGCCCGGUCCGCCCGUGCCUAUCGCGAUGAGCUGGACUCCCUGCGGGAGAAGGCAGCCCGUGUGGAGCGGCUGGAGCUGGAGCUGGUGCGCUGCCGGGAACGGCUGCAUGACGUGGACUUCUACAAGGCCCGCAUGGAGGAGCUGAGGGAGGAUAACACCAUCUUGAUAGAAACCAAGGCCAUGCUGGAGGAGCAGCUGACCGCAGCCCGUACCCGGGGCGACCGUGUGCACGAGCUGGAGAAGGAGCAGCUGCAGCUCAAGUCCAAGCUGCAUGACCUAGAGCUGGACCGGGAUGCAGACAAGAAGCGCAUUGAGGAGCUACUGGAGGAGAACGCAGUGCUGGCAAUCGCGCAGAAGCAGAGCAUGGAUGAGUCGGCCCACCUGGGCUGGGAGCUGGAGCAGCUGUCCAGGAGCGCCGACAUGUCAGACGCCUCCAGGAAGUCGUUUGUGUUUGAGCUGAAUGAGUGUGCGUCCAGCCGCGUCCUGAAGCUGGAGAGAGAAAACCAGAGCCUGCAGAGCUGCGUGCAGGGGCUGCGUGAUGCAUCCUUGGCUCUGGAGAAGGACAACCACCAGCUCAGCAAGAAGAUUGAGAAACUGCAGGCCCAAUUGGAGAGGGAGCGGCAGAGCAGUCAGGACCUGGAGACCCUCAGCGAGGAGCUCAUCCGUGAGAAGGAGCAGCUGCAGGCUGGCCUGGAGGUGCUCAGGGCCCAGCGUACCCGCCAGAUCAGGGAGCUGGAGCAGGAGAAGGACCAGCUACACCAGACAGUGCGGUCACUGCGGGAGAGGACGCAGACCAGUGGUGAGGCCUGCAUGGAGGACAUGGAAGAUGAGAGUGAGGCCCUCCAGCCAGCGGGGGUGGAGGCUGGCAGCAGGCUCAGCCGGCUGGAGAGGCAGCAGCUGCGGCGGGACCUGGAGCAAGCGCGAGAGCGAGCGGCUCGCGUGGAGGAGCUGGAGCAGGUGCUGCGGGAGGAGCGCACGCGACUGGCCAAGGAGACGGCCUCCCUGGAGGCGGCCGGGGAGAAGGCCAAGGCCCUGGAGCGCGAGAACCGGACACUGCAGGAAUCACUGGCCAUGCUGCAGGAUGCAUCGGCACGGCUUGAGGAUGUGGAGCGCCGUGGCGAGCAGCUGGACGCCGAGAACCAGGCACUGCGGGGCGAGCUGGAGGCCUUGAGGCCGGCCCAGGUGCGGCUGGAGGGUGCCGAGCAGGCCCGUGCAGCCCUGGAGCGGGAGGUGGCACAGCUGGAGAAGGACAAGAAGCUGCUAGAACGUGAGACUCGGCGUCUGUGGCAGCAGGUGGAGCUCAAGGAUGCCGUGCUGGAUGACAGCAGUGCCCGGCUGUCAGCCGCUGAGCGGGAGGGCCGCGCAAGGGACCGUGAACUGGCUCGCUGUAGGGAUGCGGCCAGCAGGCUCCGGGAGCUGGAGCAGGACAACCGAGACCUGGCCAAGCAGCUCACUGUGCACACAAGCACACUGGCCACACUUCGGGAGGACCUGGUGCUAGAGAAACUGAGAAGCCAGCAGCUAACCAGUGAGCUGGACAGGCUGAGCCAGGAGCUGGACAAGCUUGGCCUGGACAAGGAGCAGCUGCUGCGGGAUGGCGACGGCAACACAAAGUACAAGGUUUUGGAGGGCGGGAAUGAAUCAACAUUGAAAAUAACACUGGCCUUGAAGGAGGAGAAAAUCGUGUCCCUGGAGGCCCAGGUGGAAGAGAAGCUGAAGUUGAACUGCCAGCUGCAGGGCGAGCUCCAGCUGCUGAAGGAGGAGUGUGCGAGCCUCCGGCAGAACCAGCAACAGGGGACUCAACUACAGGACUCUCCCAAGCAUCCCACAGGGCGGGUGGUCGCUGGCCACCAGGGGCAGGAGGCCUGGGGACCCAGCCACAAGGAGGCCACAAUGGAGCUGCUCCGCGUGAAGGACCGUGCCAUCGAGCUGGAACGUGACAAUGCAGCUUUGCAGGCCGAGAGGCAGCUGCUGAAGGACCAGCUGCAGCACCUUGAGACCCAGAAUGUGGCCUUCAGCAGCCAGAUCCUAACACUGCAAAAGCAGAGCGCCUUCCUGCAGGAGCACAACACCACAUUGCAGACCCAGACGGCCAAACUUCAGGUGGAGAACUCCGCCCUGAGCUCCCAAAGCGCCGCGCUCUCUGCGCAGUACACGCUGCUGCAGAGCCAGCAGACGGCCAAGGAGACGGAGAUCGAGGGCCUGCAGAAGCAGCAGGAGCAGCUGACGGCGGCCUACGAGGCGCUGCUGCAGGACCACGAGCACCUGGGCGCUCUGCAUGGUGCCCUGAGGACACGUGAGGCAGAGCUGCAGGAGCUGGAGACGGCCCUAGCAGCUGAGCAGGAGGCGCUGGAGCAGGAGCAGAGGGCCAGUGCUGUCGCCACAGGCGAGAACCAGCGGCUGCGGGGGGAGCUAGACAGGGUCAGCUUCCUGCACCAGCAGCUGCAGGGAGAAUAUGAGGAGCUUCACGCCCACUCCAAGGAACUGAAGACAGCACUGAACAGCUCGCAGCUGGAGCUGAAUCGCUGGCAGGCCCGCUUUGACGAGCUCAAGGAGCAGCACCGGAGCAUGGACAUCUCGCUCACCAAGCUGGACAGCCACUGCGAGCUGCUGUCCCGCCUCAAGGGGAACCUGGAAGAGGAAAACCAUCACCUCCUGAGCCAGAUCCAGCUGCUGAGCCAGCAGAACCAGAUGCUUCUGGAGCAGAGCCUGGAGAGCCGGGAGCAGUACCACGAGGAGCAGAAGCAGUACAUUGACAAGUUAAACGCCUUGCGGAGACACAAGGAGAAACUGGAGGAGAAGAUCAUGGAUCAGUACAAGUUCUACGAUCCUGCCCCGAGGAAGAAGAACCACUGGAUUGGAGCCAAAGCCUUAGUCAAACUCAUCAAACCAAAGAAGGAAGGGUCCCGGGAGCGACUGAAGUCGGCCACAGACGGUGCCCCCUGGCAACUGGAGUCCCCAGAUCCGGCCUCACCAUUGGCCUCACAGCCUCCCCGACCCCAGCCGGAGAACCCCGACACCCCCCUGCAGGGCAUGGACUGCACAGACCAGCAGGGCACCCCCAAUGGGCUGGCAGGAAAAGGCCCCGGGAAUCUGAGACCCAAGCGUGGCUCCCCACACAGAGGUGGCCCUGAAUGCGCAGAUGCCCUUGCAGACCAUGCCAUGAAGUCCCGGCCCUCGGAGCUGGGCCUGAGAACCUGCCCAAGCUCAGCCGCUGCUCCAGCCCCCACCACAUCCACCCCCCUUGCCCGGCACCUGGGUCGCACCAAGGGCUAUAAUUCGGAUGACAGCCUCUGUGAGCCAUCCCUAGAGCUCGAGGCCAUCGGGCACAAGCAGUACGCAUCCCGACGAACCAGCGUGGAUGGCAGCAGGAGCGCCUCUAGCAGCAGUUCCCCGCUGCACCUCAAGGGUUCCUCCGACCAGCUCCAUGGCCGCCCUGAGAGCUUCAGCAGUGAAGACCUGAUACCCUGCAGAGACCAGGACGCCAGCAUCCAAGGGCACCCCGUCCUCGGCCGCCACGAGCACCCCCCGCCGUGGAACGGGCCUGUCCCCCAGGAGGGUGUCCAGAAGAGGAGCUCAGCCCCGCCUCAUGCCGGCCCACGGCCCUGCGCGGUCCCACCCAGCAACGAGAUGGUCACCCUGGAGGAAUUCCUGAAGGAGAGUAGCCGGGACUCGCCCUCCCAUGACACUCCCAGCUGCCAGGAUUAUUUGCUGAGUGAUUACUUCCGGAAGACCAGUGAUGCCCCGGUCAUCGGAGGCCAGCCAGGACCACCCGCCCGGAGGGAGGGGGCCAAGACGCCCACCAGCCUGGUGGCCCCCACUGUCAAGAUGGCCCCGCACACCACGGAGGCGAGGCUCUCCAAGCCCGGGCACUAUGUGAAGCCAAACCUCAGGCCUGCCGAGGCCGAGGCCCUGCUCAGCACACCCCCACGCCCCGCACAGCCCCCUCAGAGCCUGUCUCUGGGCAGAUCCCGGCAAGCCGCUGUGUCCCCUGCUCCCCAUGUCCCUGCCAGCCGGAGUGCCUCCCUGAGUCGGGCCUUCAGCCUGGCCUCAGCUGACCUUCUCCGGGCCAGCGGGCCAGAGACCUGCAAGCAGGGGUCUCCUCCAAAGCCAGAGGACCCUGAGGCCCCAGGGGGGCAAGAGACCGGCAGCCACAUCUCACAGAGCCCCACACCCUCUGGCUCGCACAGCCUGGCCCGGGAGUGGACCCUGCUGGGGGGAAGGGCCAGCAGCUCCUGCCAAGGCCCCAGUGCCCGCAGCCGGCCACCGGACACCCGGCGCUUCUCCCUGGCUCCCCCAAAGGAGGAGAGGCUGGCCCCACUGCAGCUGUCCGCCACGGCCCCUGCCCUCGCCCUCUCCGUGGGAGGCGGCCCCAGCCCCCAGCUCCAGCCCUUCCCACCCGUGGCCCCUCCAGCCACCAGGACCAAGCCCAAGACGCCACCACACUUGAGUGAAGUGGCCACCAUUGCCCCUGUCCGGGCGAGCCUCAGCCCCUUGGAGGGAGACGGGUCCCCCGGGAAGGGCUAUGGGGAAGGCCUCUUGGCCAAGAGCUCAGGACGGUCUCCAGAUGCAGCUCCCCACACAGGCCGGGGCCCUGAGGACUUCAGCCGAGGGGGCAGCUCAAAGAGCACGCCUGCAUCCCCCGAGCCUGGUGGGGACCCACAGACGGUGUGGUAUGAGUACGGCUGCGUGUGA